UCAAAUGCAUCGUAGUGCAUGAUAAGGAAAAUGGCGGCCUCCAUAAGGGAAAAGUACCUCGCUAGUUUCACUGCAAAAUGGCCGUUUGCUUCAAAGGUCGAAUGCGAAUCCCACAAGGAAGGGUUGAUGCGUGCAGACCAGGAGCACUUGAAAAAUAUUUUUUCAAAGUAUGCCAGUGUGACAGAGGGAGAUGAGCAGUUUAUGACCUAUGCAGACUUUAUACAGAGAUAUCUCCAACUGUUGGAUACCGAGGAUUUCAACGAAUACACAUUGCAACUGUUUGGUAGCAGUAUCGAUACAAGUCGUGAUGGGAAAAUCUCAUUUACAGAGUUUCAGGCAUUUGAACAUUUGUUGUCCCUACCAGAUUCUAUGUACAGACUGGCCUUUCAGAUCUAUGAUCGAAAUGGAAGUGGUUUCUUGAACUUCAGGGAGUUUGAAGAUAUUGUCCAACACACAACUCUACACAAAACUAUACCGUUCAAUUUUGAUUGUGACUUCAUACAGCUGCACUUUGGUGAAGAUAAAUCAAGACGCAUUUCUUACGCAGAAUUUACUCAAGUCAUACAUGAUUUUAAUGAAGAACAUGCUCUACAAGCUUUUAGAAAAUUUGAUCUUGAUAACAAUGGCUAUAUAAACGCAAAAGAUUUCGAGGAAAUUAUGAUUGCCCUGAAAAGUUACCUGCUCACACCAUUUGUACAGGAUAACCUUGUUGCUGUGGCGGUGGGAGAUUUUCAUAAGAAGAUUAGCUAUGCUUACUUCACAGCCUUUAUUUCCUUGCUGAAUAACAUGGAACUGAUGAAGAAGAUUCAUAUGGCUGCUACUAAACGAGACAGAAAUGCGGCUUGUACUAAAGAGGAGCUACAGUAUCAGUCACAAGAGUUUCCACAGAUCACACCAAUGGAGAUUGACAUUCUCUUUCAACUUGUACAGCUUCUUAACCAAAAUCAACAAUCAGAGAGACAGAUGGGACUGAUAAUGUUCCAAGAUCUAGAGGAAUUAUCUCCAAUGGAAGGUCGGGAAACACCUUUCUCGUUACAGCUUCAAAUUGCAGAGGAAGAUCUGAGAUUAGAAACUGGUGCUGAACGUACAGUCUUCCUUCAAGUUGCUGAAAGUGUAUACAGGUUUGGGCUGGGAGCACUGGCUGGAGCUACUGGGGCUACAGCUGUCUACCCUAUCGAUCUGGUAAAAACUCGUCUACAAAAUCAGAGGACAGGUAUGAUGGUGGGAGAAUUAAUGUACAAAAAUAGUUUUGAUUGUUUCAAGAAAGUGAUACGUCACGAGGGUGCCCGAGGGCUGUACAGAGGGCUGGGACCUCAACUUGUUGGAGUAGCACCUGAGAAGGCUAUAAAACUGACAAUGAAUGAUUUGAUGAGAGAUAAACUAUGUAACAAAGAUGGUUCUAUUUCAUUGUGGGCAGAGAUGGCUUCUGGUGGAAUAGCAGGAGCAUCGCAGGUGAUGUUUACAAAUCCUCUAGAGAUUGUAAAGAUUCGUCUACAGGUAGCUGGAGAGAUUGUUGGCAAGACGAAAGUUAGUGCAAUCGGUGUUGUCAAAGAGCUUGGAUUUCUUGGACUUUACAAGGGUUCAAGAGCAUGUUUCCUUAGAGAUAUACCAUUCUCAGCCAUAUAUUUCCCUGCCUACGCUCAUUUCAAGAAAUCUUUCGCUGAUGAAAAUGGCUAUAAUCAUCCUGGUACUUUACUCCUGGCUGCUACGUGUGCAGGUGCUCCUGCCGCUGCCUUGCCAACACCUGCUGAUGUGAUAAAAACCCGUCUACAGGUAGCUGCGCGUCAAGGGCAGACAACUUACAAUGGUGUCAUAGAUUGUGCUCGCAAAAUAUUAAGAGAAGAAGGCUUUGGUGCAUUUUGGAAAGGAACACCUGCUCGAGUGUUCCGUUCUUCCCCACAGUUUGGUGUUACUUUGCUCACAUAUGAACUUUUACAGAGACUCUUCUAUGUUGACUUUGGUGGAAGACGACCUGAAGGUUCUGCAGCCAAACCCACGCACUUACAAGAGCAACUAUCACGCAAUCCAGAUCAUAUAGGAGGCUUCCGAUUGGCUUUAGCAACAUUUGACGGCAUGGAGAGGCAACUUGGCUUAUGUUUACCGAAAUUUCGAAAUGCAAUAACUGAUGAUACUUCUUGAGGAUAAACCUUAUAUAGUGACAAUUUUUUAAAAUUUAGUGACAGAUAUUUUAUUUAUUAUUUUUGUUAAUGAGAGUUCAUGUUUUUUUUCUUCACUGCACCCGGAUAGCAGAGUAUUUUCUCAUUAUUCACGCACAGUGUUUGAAAGCCAUCUGUCCGAUACAUGUACACUAAAUGAUUAAACAAAUAUACUCAAACUAAAAUCAUGAAGGUUAUUGUGAAACAUGUAAUACAGUUUUGAGGUAAUUGGCGUUAAUUGAUAAACAAUUUGUAAGGUAAUUUUAGUAUUUAUCUUGCGAAUUGCGUGAUAAAUCAGCUGAAAUUCAGCCACUAUGUGAGCUUGAUCAUUGUUAAUCAGAAAUUAAAUGAAGGAAAAUGACCACGGCAUGUGACAGCUAGAGAAUCAUAGUCUCAUUGGUUUUCAAACUUAUAUAUUACACUUAUUCAGGUGUUUUUUUUUUAAGUUGGUAAAUAUUGUUUGCUGUAAAAGUGAUAAAAUUGAUGAAAUCAAACGUUAUGUGAUUAUUUAGUAAACAUAUUUAACAAGUAUUUAUUGGAAGCAAAAUUUGUCUUGAUUUAAGAUCAUAUUGAGAUUAGAGCUAAGGUAUAUUUAUUAGGAUUGGUAAACGCACUACAGGAUUAUCACAAUUACAAUUUUUAUAAAUUAAUUUUGACUAUUUUGUAAGAUAUAACUGUUUUUUUUUUUUUAAUUAUAAUUUUUGUACGAUAUCUUAUUUUUAGCUCACCUGUCACAAAGUGACAGGGUGAGCUUUUGUGAUCGCUUUUCGUCCGGCGUCCGUCCGUCCGUCCGUCCGCCGUCCGUCGUCCGUCCGUAAACUUUUGCUUUAAAUGACAUCUCCUCAUAAACCACUGAGCCAAUUUCAUCCAAACUUCACAGGAAUGUUCCUUUGGUGGUCACCUUUAAAAAUUGUUCAAAGAAUUUAAUUCCAUGCAGAACUCUGGUUGCCAUGGCAACCGAAAGAAAAAUCUUUAAAUAUCUUCUUUUAAACAACCCUAAGAGCUAGAGCUUAGAUAUUUGGCAUGAAACAUCUUCUAAUGAGUGUCUACCAAGUUUGUUCAAAUAAAAGCCCUGGGGUCAAAAUUGGCCCCGCCCCGGGGGGGUCACUGAUUUUCCCUAUAUGCAUAUAGUAAAAACUUUAAAAAUCUUCUUUUAAAGAACUGUAAGAGCUAGAGCUAAGAUAUUUGGCAUGGAACAUCUUCUAGUGAGUGUCUACCAAGUUUGUUCAAAUAAAAGUCCUGGGGUCAAAAUUGGCCCCGCCCCGGGGGGUCAUUGAUUUUUCCCUAUAUGCAUAUAGUAAAAACUUAAAAAAUCUUCUUUUAAAGAACCGUAAGAGCUAGAGCUUAGAUAUUUGGCAUAAAACAUCUUCUAGUAAAUGUCUACCAAGUUUGUUCAAAUAAAAGCCCUGGGGUCAAAAUUGGCCCCGCCCCAGGGGGUCAUUGAUUUUCCCUAUAUGCAUAAAGUAAAAACUUAAAAAAUCUUCUUUUAAAGAACCCAAAGAGCUAGAGCUAAGAUAUUUGGCAUGAAACAUCUUCUAGUGAAUGUCUACCAAGUUUGUUCAAAUAAAAGCCCUGGGGUCAAAAUUGGCCCCGCCCCGGGGUCAUUGAUUUUCCCUAUAUGCAUAUAGUAAAAACUUAAAAAAUCUUCUUUUAAAGAAUCGUAAGAGCUAGAGCUUAGAUAUUUGGCAUGAAACAUCUUCUAGUGAAUGUCUACCAAGUUUGUUCAAAUAAAAGCCCUGGGGUCAAAAUUGGCCCCGCCCCAGGGGGUCAUUGAUUUUCCUUAUAUGCAUAAAGUAAAAACUUAAAAAAUCUUCUUUUAAAGAACCCAAAGAGCUAGAGCUAAGAUAUUUAGCAUGAGACAUGUUCUAAUGGGUGUCUACCAAGUAUGUUCAAAUAAAAGCCCUGAGGUCAAAACUGGCCCCGCCCCAGGGGUCAUUGAUUUUCCUUAUAUACAUAGCAAAAACUUAAAAAUCUUCUUUGAAAAAACCCAAAUAAAUAGAGUUUAGAUAUUAAGCAUGAAACAUCUUUAAGUUAAUAUCUACAAAGUUUGUUCAAAUAAAAGCCCAGGGGUCAAAACUGGCCCUGCCCGAGGGGUGUCAUUGUUUUUAACUAUAUGUGUAUAGUAAAAACUUAAAAAAUCUUCUUUUAAAAAACCCAAUGAGCUAGAACUUAGAUGUUCUGCAUGAAACAUCUUCUUAUGGGUGUCUACCAAGUCUGUUCAAAUAAACAAAUAAAAGCCCUUGGGUGAAAAUUGGGCGGGGGGGG